CGGCGAGAAUCCUCACCACCUCCGCGAUAUCCACUGCCAAUUGGCGUGCGGAUCUUUGUCCACCCCCGUGAUAUCGAUAUAAUAGUGAGUUCCUCGUCUACGGAGAAGUUGACUCACGGCCGUGCACCGUCGACGGAUAUCACGUCGUUAGUCUAUCAUAGACACGACCCUGGCCAGGGUGAAAAUGUGAAAAGGUUCACCUCGGAAGGCGCAUACGAGAAAUUUGGAAUCUCACUGAUCGGGAAUUUAUUUUUACGUAGAGCUAAUUAAUCGCAUUAUGACACUAUUAGCGAUUUAUGUGAAAAUGGAUUAUCCUAAGACUUGUCCGAGUGUGUGAGGUGUUGUCACGGGAUCUCGGAAAGUAUGGAGAGGGUGAAAAGGUGAGAAGAUUCGCCAUCGCCUGGGAAGCCAGACCUUGGCGGGGAGGAAAUGACAACCUUGUCGGAUUGUCUUGGGAUUGAGAUUUUUUAUUACGUGGCGGAAAAAAGAAUGUCUUGGCCAGGAUGUCGAAUUAAAGGAACGUCGAUUUUGACAAGUCUGACUGACCUACUGCAGGUUAUACCUGUACUGUGCAUUCUGUAAUGCUGGGAACGAAUACCCUAACGGAGGAGAUGGAUAAUUUUGCUGGUACUGGCGAUAUGAAAUUCUAAUUGUUGUCACUGUUGUCGUCAAGAUGUCUGAGAUUACUUACAGUAACAGCAUGUGCAUAACUUGAUCUCUGCAAUUUAUAGGAGUUGAGAUCGAUGCCUCUGAACUGAUUUGCUUCGGUACGAGCAUCUUUAAAUCAAGUAUUUGUGUUGUUUUAAAGCCAUUACGAUUAUUUUAUUGGGCCAAUAAUCGGACCAUGAUUAUUUUCUCAAGAAAAAGGAACGUCCCAGUACCUAGAGAAGAGCUGACAACUUUCGUUCAAACUUUGAAGAAGAACGUUCGGAAUGAAUCGAUGAUAAAAUAAAUAUUCUGCAGAAUACUUUGAACGAAUACAAAGAAAUAUGAGACAUUUAAUCGACGUUCUAACUUCCGAAGUGUUAACUUAAGCAUUCAUCGCUCGAAGAGAAGUUUCUUCGGAUGAGCCAUAACAGGGAACGAUAAACGCCUAAAUUCUAUUCUGAAAUGUUAAACCAUUUUUGUUACAUUCCCCGAAGUCACAGAGUAGGAGUGAAAAGAUGGACAUAUAAAACAUGGAGUGAUUCGACGACUAUAAUUCUAAAUUCUGGAUUAAAACAUUCUUAACUUUUCCAAAGAUUAACUUCAAACGUAACGAUGUCGGGUGAAACAUUGGACACGAAAGCGAAGAAUUACACGUGUUUCUAAAAGAGGGGUGAAAAAAUAAAGCCGUGUUAUGGUGUAUCAUGGAAAGACUCCUGUAAUAAUACCAUUGGCUGGUCAUGCCCUCAGGGGCAAAGGACGAAGCGGAGGGCUUUGGCCCGUCGUCUUCCGAUGCCUACAGCAGUCAAGAGACUGCCGUCACUAAACUCGUACCUCCGCUUACUCUACCUCAGCGAUGCUAUCGUCAUUUAAAGAGCUCUGGCAUCGGAGAGGCAAGUGUGUACCACGCUCUCGUGGUGAUAUUUCUGGAAUUCUUUGCCUGGGGCCUACUGACUCUGCCGAUCAUCUCCGUACUGAACGAGACAUUUCCUGAUCACACAUUCCUGAUGAACGGCCUGAUAAUGGGCAUUAAGGGCAUCCUAUCCUUCCUUUCGGCGCCACUUAUCGGUGCCUUAUCCGAUGUCUGGGGAAGGAAGUUCUUCCUACUCAUUACGGUGGCUUUCACCUGCGCACCUAUCCCACUAAUGAGUAUUAACACGUGGUGGUUCUUCGCCAUGAUAUCAAUCAGCGGUGUAUUUGCCUGCACCUUCUCGGUUGUCUUCGCUUAUGUGGCAGAUGUCACCGAGGAAAGUCAACGUUCUCUAGCCUAUGGUCUAGUCUCUGCUACUUUCGCUGCAAGUAUGGUUAUAAGUCCUUCGCUGGGAGCUUUCACGAUGGAUACGUAUGGGGAAAAUGUUGUCGUUGCACUAGCAACUGCUAUAGCUGUCUUGGAUGUAUUUUUCAUAUUAGUCGCAGUGCCGGAGAGCUUGCCAGAGAAGGCUCGUCCACCGGGUCCUAUUUCUUGGGAACAAGCAGACCCUUUUGCAGCUCUCGGAAAGGUUGGGAAGGAUCACACAAUUUUGAUGCUGUGCGUCACUGUGUUCUUAAGUUACUUGCCGGAGGCGGGACAAUACAGCUGCAUCUUUGUCUACUUAAGAUUAACAAUGGGUUUCACCGUCACUAUGGUCGCUGUGUUUAUUGCCAUAGUCGGUGUACUGAGUGUCGGUGCUCAGAUCAUAUUAGGGCUGCUAAUGAAGACUCUCGGCAGUAAGCAUACAAUUAUGCUGGGCCUCCUCUUCGAGAUGUUCCAACUCAUGUGGUAUGGCUUCGGAUCGCAGACAUGGAUGAUGUGGGCUGCUGGGGUGCUGGCUUCUGUGUCUAGCAUAACGUAUCCAGCUAUUUCUGCAUUUGUGUCGAUGCACUCCGAUGCUGACAAACAGGGUCUGGUCCAGGGCAUGGUCACCGGGAUGCGUGGACUCUGCAACGGACUCGGUCCUGCGAUGUUUGGCCUGAUUUUCUAUCUUUUUCACGUCGAUCUCAACGAUGACUCGUCGUCCCUGCCUUUGAAAUCGGCGCUCUUCGACGAGAACAAUAAGACCGGGACCGUCACGCAACACCUUGACAUCAUGCCCCAGCUGGUACCCGGGCCACCGUUCGUAUUCGGUGCUCUCCUGGUAAUUUGUGCACUUUUGGUCGCUGCCUUCAUUCCCGAAGCGAGUCCCAUGACGGUGGGGCCGAUGCACCAUUCUUCAACUUCCCGGAGGCUCUCCGGUAAAUACGCAUAUCACAAAUGCUUGUCCUUGGACGUCCAUUACGAAACCGACCGGAUGGUCAGCGGUAGCAGAAAGGUGGGACCCUUAUCGCCGCUAGUCGAUAACAGUAACUCGGCCACCCUCUAACCAACGUCCAGUCUCGGACCCUGUGCAUCGCAUCGCCGAAAAGAGGCAACGACGCGUCUUGUCUUAAGGAUGGCGGAUGAUCCUUCUUUUCCACAAGACGAAAGGAAACGGCGCGCUCUUCUGGUCUCGUUAACGAGUCCCGCGCACCGUUAACCAGGAAGUGCUGCUCUUCGGAUCUUGUAUCAUAAUACCCUUAAGGGGACACGAAAGUGGCAUCCGAAGAGCCGGUGCAACUUUUCUCCUACCUAAGUUUACCGAAACGUAUCAAACUUCACACAGUGAACGCGAAGGCCACAACGAGAGUCCCUCCACCCGUGAAAUUUCAAUUUUUAUAACAAAUUUUGAAAAUAUCCAUGAAGAAAUUUUAAAAAGUAUCCAACUCUCGUGAACCUCAGGACCUUCCUUAUGUCCUACGAGUUUAUAUUUUGAAGUUUGAAGCGUUUCGGAUCUUUCAGUUUGGAGAAGAGUUUAAUUAAAGGAAGAACUCUUCGACUCCACUUUCGCGUCGGCUUAAUGAAUCAUCUUACAAUGCGCUAUUUAAAACUAAAAGGAAAAAGAAAAAAAAUAACGCGUCACCUUUUACGACGUAACUGUGUUAGUCAUGAGCGUGUGUAACUGUCAAAUAUAUGUGUGUGUGUCGCUUGCACACAUAUAAAGUAGAGACGAAGGAGGGGGGAAAGUGACCUGGGAUUGCAAAUACGUUCUCGUAAUUCAAGUAUUCUCGGAUCCGUUUAAGGAUGUCUCGCAUGUAAACGUCAAUUCUGGAUUGUGUGAUCCUUUUAACGGGGAGGGGGGAAUAAGAACUUGACUCGCAA